AUGGCUGGAUGUUUGAUGGAUGUCUGUGUUCAUGUUGGCUGUAGCUUGGUAGGCUUGGUAACUACUAGCUACCGUUUAAUGGUAGUUGAGUCUCGUGGUCAUGGUGAUGAUUUGGUUGAGAUUGUGGUCACUGGGUUAAGAUACUGGGUUAAGAUACUGGGUUAA